AUGGAUAGUGAUUCUGAUGACAAUUUGGUUUUGCACACACUAUUGUCUGUGGCACAAGACGUGAUUCGUCAGAGAGGCGAAACUUCACAUCGCGAGAAGAAACAUAGAAAAUAUAUCAAUCGGGAUCGAGAGGCGGUACAUGAACUUUUGGUACGUGAUUAUUUUGCCCCUGAUAGUCUUUAUGACCUUUCGAAAUUCGAAGACCGUUUUCGUAUUAGUAGAAAAUUAUUUUUACGUAUAGCUUCAGAUUUGGAACGUAAUUAUGAGUUUUUCCAAUUACGUUGGGAUGCUAGAGGUAAACGUGGUUUUACUACAAUACAAAAAUGUACGGCCGCUCUUAGACAAUUGGGGUAUGGUAUAACCGCAGACGCAUCAGAUGAGUAUCUGAAAAUGUCUGAGAGGACGGGUCGAGAUUGUACAUAUCUUUUCUGUGAGUAUGUUAUAGAGCUUUACCGUGACAUAUACCUGCGACAUCCGACUAAAAGUGAUGUUGAACAGUUGUAUGCCACACAUGAAGCUAAACAUGGUUUUCCAGGGAUGCUUGGUAGUAUUGAUUGUACACAUUGGGAGUGGUCAAAUUGUCCCAAUGCAUGGCAUGGUCAAUUCACACGAGGAGAUCAUGGGGUCCCGACUGUUAUACUGGAGGCGGCUGUUUCAAAUGACCUAUGGUUUUGGCAUGCAUUCUUUGGUAUGGCGGGGUCAAACAAUGACCUGAAUGUGCUUCACGCGUCUCCGAUAUUUAACGAUAUUUUGCAGGGUAAAGCACCAGAUAUGUCAUACGUUGUGAAUGGAAAUGAAUACAAGUAUGAAUAUUACCUAGGUGAUGGGAUAUAUCCAGAGUAUGCUACAUUUGUUAAAUCUUUUUCGUUUCCAGCCGAUGAGAAACGAAAAUUGUUCAAGUUAGCACAGGAAUCUGCAUGGAAGGACGUUGAAAGAGCGUUUGGAGUCCUAAAACAAAGGUGA